AUGUCCGCCUCUCCACAACCAGAAGAUCCCGCCGAUAGAUACGACGAGGGCAACCCUGAGAACGAUCAACAUAACCCCGAGGAAGUGGAGGGCGUUGCAGAAUCUAGUGAACCAAAACCUAAACGCGGACGCGGCCGUCCUAAGGGCAGCAAGAAUAAGAAAUCAGGGGCUCCAUCUUCAUCAACUGCACCAGCCGUAUCCUCCUCUGAAACUCCAAUCAAGAAGAAGCGCGGUAGACCACGCAAGGAGAAGAAGUCGGAAGAAGCAGACGCCGAUGAGCGUCCAGCUAAGCGAAGACGUCGCGGACGUCCAUCCAAACAGAAGGAUGAUGGUCCUGCUGCUGCUGGCAGUAGUACUGCUGCCCCAGUGGAGACUGUGGGUGAAUCAGCUACGAAGAAGAAGCGGGGCCGGCCACCGAAAAAGACGUAA